AUGAAGACCUUUGCUACUCUCCUGGCUGUCCUCGGAGCCUUCACCGCCCUCGCAGCAGGACUCGAGAUAAACCCGCGGUCUUGUACCACCAAAGCUGAUGCUCUCAAGCAGGCUCAAAAUGCAGGGUGCAAGAACGCUUCCGCCAAGUGCAAUUCAUACGGCUGCCAAUGCGUCUGGGGGUGCUUUUCCCCGAUAGGUGGCGGCCGCCUUACGUUGUGGACAAAUCGAUGUGGUACGAAGACGGUUCAGUAUGGCUCAGACCUGCAGGCCAUGUGCUAG